AUCGACAAUCCGAUAAAAGUUGAGGUUACUCAAGUGCAGCCGACGGAUCUUCCUCCGGCUGGAUCCUCUGUGCAGUAUAUGGUGGAGGUAACUCUGGUCGCAAAUUUCAUCUACCCAAGCAGUUUGGCGGAAAUAAGUUUAACGACAGCCGCGAAUGAUACAAAUAUUGAAAAUGUGAGGCUGCUCUACGCUGCGUCUGGAAUAUCAUAUAAGGAGAACAGUUUGGCCGUGCUCUUUACUGUGGGUCUGAGCAGCAGCUCGACUACUACAAUCGAUGCCACCUUCGGUUUCAGCUCUGAUAAAUCACACGUUUCCAUCACGAAGUUUAACAUCAAAAUAGCCUCAUUGCCUCCUUCCAUCUCUCCGGUAUCUUUGAUCCGGACCGCCUGA